AUGCGCUUGCUUCGAUUGUCUGCUCUGUUCGCCUUCUUAGGACUUGCUCCGGCCCAGACUCUCAGUGGGUUAUCCUUUGAUGGCGAGGAUCUCGUGAGUUUUAUGUGGGCUUUUGAUGGGCAGUCUGCUGGCCGUUAUGACUUCUUUCUCUGUGCUGGUGAUGAGUCUACGGGUUCUUAUGAAUCGCUCGAGCGAGUUAUCAAUGACGGGGCUGUUGUCCCAGGUGACCUGCUCUCAUUUAAAGUCGACCGUAAUGUCGGAGGAAAUGAGCCCAAUGCAUACUUCCUUAAAGUAAUUCCCUCAAAUCCAUCGGAAAAAUGGUCCGGAUUUACUUCCCACUUCACCCUCACCAACAUGAAAGGCACCUUCUCCACCAAGAUCUCCAACGCCGUCAAGUCGAUGAAACCUAUCCAAAUCCCACUCCCAUUGGGUCUAGUCGAUGGCGACACCCAGAUUCUCGCCGGGUCUCCAGAAACACCAAUCUAUAAUGGGAAUGCCCUCAGCAGCGCCAGUGACACUGACGCUGACACUGACAGCAAUGAGCAUAACGAACCAGCAACUCCACCCCUCCAACCCCCAACCCCAACCUCAUCUGGUCACGAACACUUCGAGCUAAAGAAACGACUCGGCGUCGCAGCUGCGGCAGCCCCUGUUGCAGCAGCCCCUAUAGCAGCUGCACCUGUAGCGGCCGCAGUGGACGUAGACCCUCACACAAUUCCCUACGGCGAACAAACCGGUCUGACAAAGUAUGCGCCUAUGCCCAAGAUGGCUGGCACGACGAUCCCGCCAUUGGAUAAAUCACCCACGCCUCAGUACCCGACUUUUCCCUUUGUCAAAGCUACGACUUAUCUUCCUGCGCCGACGGUUCAGUAUACCGACACGGCGUAUUUGUCGUUUACUACGCAUAGUAGUGAGAAUACGGCUGCACCCGCCGCGGCACCGACUUUGGAUAAGAGGAUGCAGCGAUGGUUAGAACGUUGGCAGGAUUAG